CCUCCAUCCUCUCCUCCCUCUCCUCCUCCUCCACUGCCGCCAACUGCACGGUGCCCCUGUCCCCGUCCUCUCCUCCGUAUAACUUCUACGCAGUGCUGCUGGUGCUGCUCAUCUUCUGCGUGGUGUUUGGCAACGUGCUGGUGUGCGUGGCCGUGUCCAGGGAGAGGGCCCUGCAGACCACCACCAACUACCUCAUCGUCUCCCUGGCCGUGUCCGACCUGCUGCUGGCCACGCUCGUCAUGCCCUGGGGGGUCUACCUGGAGGUGGUGGGCGAGUGGCGCUUCAGCCGUCUGCACUGUGACAUCCUGCUGACUAUGGACGUCAUGAUGUGCACAGCCAGCAUCCUCAACCUGUGCGCCAUCAGCAUCGACAGGUACACUGCUGUGGCGAUGCCUCUGCUGUAUUACACGCGCUACAGCUCCAGGAGGAGGGUGGUGCUGAUGAUCACGGUGGUCUGGUUCCUCUCCUUCGCCAUCUCCUGCCCCCUGCUCUUCGGACUCAAUAACGCAGCGAGCCCUGAGGGCCACGACUGCAGCUUUGCCGACCCGGCGUUUGUGGUGUACUCGUCCGUGGCCUCCUUCUACGUGCCCUUCAUUGUCACCCUGCUGGUCUACGCGCAGAUCUGCGUGGUGCUGCGCAGACGAGGCCGACGCACCGCACCCCCGCGCAGGCACGCAGACGCCAGCGACCGGCAGAGGAAGAAUAAGUGCACGCACCCUGAAGAUGUGAAGCUGUGUACCCUUAUUCUGAAGCCGCCUGCCUCUGCCCCUCAACGCAAGAAAGUGACACUGGUGAAGGAGGCCAUGGUCCAUCCUCUGGAGGUGGAUCCCAUGUGCUUCCUUGCUCAGAAAGAGCAACAGCAGCAGCAUCAGCAUCAGCACCAGGAUCUUCAGCAGCUGCAGCCUCAGUGUGCCUUCGUCAAGCUCUCCCUCUCCACCUCCGUAGCUCCCAGCCCACCGGGACCCCCACCAGGACCUCCCCCACCACCUCCACCGCUUCCACCUCCAUCACAGCCCCCACAAGCCCCAGCCGCCACCACCACCACCACCCGCUCCGCCCUGGCCCCGCGCCGGGCAACCUUCCUAGAGGAAGUACACACGCGGGAGGGCUGGAGGGAGCAGCGGUCAGAGAGGGAGAGGGAGAGGAGCAAGGGAGGGCUGACCAAGGAGAGAGUGAGGGGGAGGCUCUCACAGCAGAAGGAGAGGAAAGCCACGCAGAUGCUGGCUAUUGUGUUAGGUGUGUUCAUCAUCUGCUGGCUUCCCUUCUUCCUGACGCACGUGCUGAAGGCCCACUGUGGCAGCUGCUGCAUCUCUCCCUCCCUCUACAGCGCCGUCACCUGGCUCGGCUACCUCAACAGCGCCGUCAACCCCAUCAUAUACACCACCUUCAACAUCGAGUUCAGGAAGGCCUUCAUCAAGAUCCUGCACUGCUGAGGAGAGGAGAGGAGAGGAUGCCAUCACAUACACCACCUUCAACAUCGAGUUCAGGAAGGCCUUCAUCAAGAUCCUGCACUGCUGAGGAGAGGAGAGGAGAGGAGAGGAGAGGAUGCCAUCACAUACACCACCUUCAACAUCG